AUGAGCAUUUUUGGUAACGAAGUUGCCAAGAGGUUGAUGAAGAAGAAAAACAAAAAAGGAAAAACAUUUGAUGAGGAGUUCCAAACGAUCAGGGAGAGGUCGAGACAGACGGAACAACGCCUCCAAGGCGUUGCGAAUAAAAUCUCCAAACUGAAGGCAAUACUCCAAGAGGCCUCAAUUUUACAGGUUGACAUAUCAAAUUGUUUGUCUGAGUUGGCUGUGGAUAAUCCACACACCACACAAGUGGUGAACGGAUUAUACGAAGUGACAAAUGAAAUACUAAAGGAACAAGAGAAGUACAACUCCAGUGUUUUUUAUAAGGUCGAAAUACCACUCCUCUCGUUUUUGGAACAAUUCAAAAUUCUGAAUAACAGGGAUAUGGAGCUUUUGAAAAGGAGAAAGGAGUUUUUGAAGGCGCAAAGCGAAGUCACGAAGAAAAAAAAGAAGAACAAUUUCGAGUAUGUUGAAAAGGCAAACGAGUUAUACAGAAAGCAAAAGGAAAAGUAUAUGGCGUUGCGGAAUGAGAUCAAUAGCGAUAGGUCGGUGGUGAUGCGCGUCGUUCCUGUUGUUGUUGAGGAUAUAACGAAAAAAAUGACGUUAGAAGGUUGUGGGUGUCUGAGAAUGAACGAUACAACCUGGAAAAAGCUCACUGCGGUUGCCCAAAAUUGCGACAAAAGGGGGGUGGAGACUCUUUGUGAACUUAUUACCCCACCUGGAAAAUCUGCAGUAACGCAGGAGGUCGUUCUUUCAAAGAUUUCAAGUGUGUUCCACGCAAGAGUCGUGUACAAUUAUAACGCACUCAAACAAAACGAGCUGACCUUAAGAGAAGGAGACUGGGUCACCGUGUUGUCGAGCAACGGACAGUGGUGGGAAGGCGAGCUGAACGGGACAGUUGGUAUUUUCCCUGCCAACUAUGUCAUUCGAGACGUUGAGUCGUGA